AUCACAGCGUGAAGCGUAGGAAGCGCUGCUGUUUGAAAACUCUGCGAAAGAAGACAGCCUGCCAGCAACCGAUAUGACGAGCGAAUCAUAGCACAAUGCAGUUAGCUAGCUGACGAAUUGAAUUGAUGUCAAUCAUAACAUUCGUUUAAGAAGAGGUAAACACCAUUUGUAAGUUGUGUGACCCCGAGGAGAGAUUUAGUUUUUGUUUGUUCGAGGCUUGGCAAUAAGCUAAUGUACCUUGCUAAAGUUACUAGCUGGCUAAUGUUAGCUAGCUAACUGCAUUGCAACAGAAGCACGAAGCUGGCCAUUACGUGGUCAUGCAGCGUUAGUUAAGUUAACAUCUUUUUGGGACUGGAAACCUUGUAGUUGUUACUGCUGAGGUUACAGGCCGACGGUUUUAAAGAUUAAGCGUCUUGUGAGCAGUUAAGAUCCACGUGAGGAUGACUUAACGAUAGAGGUUUAAAGAAAGUGAUACACUUAGAGAAACAGAAGCGAUACAGCUGCGGAAGUCAGUUAGGUUCUGUCAGUAGUAAACGAAUUGUUUCAAAGUUCGUUUGAAGUAAAAGAAAGGAGUGUAAAAUGAAAGUCAUGGAGAAAAAUAUGAUGCGGCUAGUGGCUGUGCAACACCUCCGCGCAGCGUACGGGAUAAAGACAAAAAACUGGAACAAAAACAAAGCAGUCAGCUGUAAGACUGCAGCCAGCAACUCGACAAAGGUGUUCGGGGUCUCCCUGGAGACAUUACCGUACUAUAAUAUGGAAUGUGGGACCGUGCCAAGAUUUCUGGUUGACGCAUGUAUGAUGCUGCUGGCGCACGUGGACACAGAGGGCCUGUUCAGAAAGUCGGGCUCUGUCAUCCGCCUGAAAGCACUCAGGGCUAAACUGGAUGCGGGCGAGGAGUGUCUGUCCACGGCUCUGCCCUGUGACAUAGCCGGCCUGGUGAAGCAGUUCUUUAGGGAGCUGCCGGAGCCCGUGCUCCCCUCAGAGCUAGAGGAGGCCUUCCUCAAGGCCCAGCAGCUCCCCACCGAGCUGGACAGGACCUCCGCCACCAUGCUGCUGUCUUCUGUACUGCCCGAGAAAAACCUCAGCACUCUGCGUCACUUUUUGGACUUCCUCCACAAUGUGUCUAUGAGGAGUGCAGAGAAUAAGAUGGAUAGCAGUAACUUGUCUGUAAUCCUGGCCCCCAACAUCCUUCACUCGGGAGACGGUACAGAGAAAAUGAACGCUCACACGGAGAAACGCCUCAAGCAACAGGCAGCCAUCGUGCACUGCUUCAUAGAGAACGCGCACAACUUUGGAGUGUUACCACAGUUUUUGCUUGAGAAAGUACCGGCCAUGAUGGGCUGUGAGGGGGGGGUCCUGUCACCUUCUCAUGAUGGACUUGAGGAGCUGGACUUAAACUCGGGGAUGAAGAAGAAACUCAGGCGCAGCUUUGGAGAUAUGGUCAAUGGUGCUCUGAAUAAGAUAAAAACUAAUAGAACACCCACAAAUUCCAACCAGUCAGACAGUCUUGUCUUUUCUUCUGCCACUCCAGUGAUUGCAACACCGAGCUCAAAGAGAAAGCUUCCUCUGGAAUCUGGUCACUCUUUUGGAUUCUCAAACAAGAAACGUAGGUCUGUCAAAAAGACCCUGGGGAUAGACUUACUCCCCAACCCUUUGUUCAGCGCCACUUCCACUCCUGGAUCAGCUUACAGUGCUUCUGGAGUCUUGGACUCUCCCAACAAUCCGUCGUCAGCAGGGAAGUCUAGAAGGCAGCCCGCUGUCUCUGUGAGGAGGAAGAGCCGACGAAUCAGCAACAGACAUGCUGUCAACAGAGUUGAAUCUGGAAGAGCUGGCUGCUUCUCUCCUAAAGUCAGCAAAAAAGAAGGUCCAAGAAAAUCUCUGCGGCUGCGCUUCAACCUGGGGAAAAGCAGCAAGGAGGCUGUGUCAGAGUCCGUUGGCUGGCGACUUGCCACGCAGGAGAGCACCACCAGCUUCCGUUUCACCGAAGAGACAGAGUUCAGUCCAGCUGCUCUGCCUAGAAAAGCAGAAUCAAAAAGCACCAAGUUCAUCAGUAAGUCUGAAGACAACCUGCUGACCCCCGCAUGUGACUCAAGUGUCCACCAGACCUCAUGGAGCAGGGAGACCCCUGGAGGAGCGCAGUCUUUCAGGGGAGGGUCCUUCACCGACACCCCCAUGAACAUGUGCCUGAAGAACAACUACAACUCUGAGCCGGCCAUCGUGGUGUCGAAGCCCCCAGCAGUGUCCGUCUUCCCAAAGAAGCUCUGCUGUGCUUCCAGCGCUGAGAGCCUCCUUGAGAGCGAGAUCUUUUUCACGGAAAGCCAAACUGCUCCCACCCUGCUGAAAAUACAGAAGGCUUUCACCAAGUCCGGGAGUGACCUCCAGCGUCCCUGCACCUCUGUGGGGACAGACACAACAAAAACACUUGACAGCCUCUUCCCCCCACCAGAGACCCCCCCAGCCAAAGUCCUUCCCGUGGACACGUGUGCCUCAAGCUUCCCAGCCCAGCAGAGCUUCCUGGCUUACGAUCAAAACAUCACCUUUGGCCAGCUUGAAAUGGCUGCCUUAUCCCCUUUGCAUAUUGACAGUGUUCUUUUUGAGUGUGGUGUGUACCGUACUCCAGCAGCACAGGCUGACGCAGGGUCUUUCUGCGCCGCUGCCAUCAGUAGCCUCAACAGCUCCACGGUGGGGGAAAGUGAUGCGGAGGUAGAGCUGGUGAACUGCAGCCGGCUGGUGGACGCCCUGGACAUCCAGAGUCCGGCCCACUUCAAACUGUGCGUCCCCUCCCGGCAACAGUCCACUCCGUACAGGCUGGGCCUUGAAUUCAGAGAUGAGUUCAGUACCCCGCCUAAGAUUGGUACUAAACUCCGUGCGGUAAAAAACAAAUGUUCCUCAGAAUGCGGUGCCGAAAAACAGCAACCCCUCUCCCCGCGCAGCCUGGAGACCGAAAAGCGCCGGGUGGUGGACCACAUCCAUCACUUCAACAAGCUCACCCUUCUCUCCCCCAAAGGGGCCUUGGCCAAACUCGUCAGAUCACCCCUCCAGUUCAAGCGCACCCCCGUACGACAGACCGUGCGCAGGAUGAACUCUCUGCUGGGGGACAGCCAGAACGGCCCGAUCAUGAAGGCAGUGAGCCUGGAAAGCGGCCUCUCCCCUCACCCCCAGCUCCAGCUUCACCUGGGGGAGGGAAAACUGUCCAACAGCGUGUGUCACAUAAAGAAACCCCCCCCAGUCCCGCCCAAAAAGCCAAGCACCCUGGCACGUAAAGCCAAGGUGUGCCCUCUGGCCGACUUGACCAACAAGUUCCAGCCAAAGACCAACGUGGACAGCUCUGACCAAUCAGGAGCUCAGAAGCCUCUGGGGCAGCAGGUAGUGGAGAAGGACAUGAGCCAUUACAGAGGGUCCCCCAGAAACCCCCUGAACCAAGUACGCCUGAUGUCAGCCACCAAGCCUAUAGAUUUAUAGUUGUUUUUUUUUGCCUUUUUUGUUUCCUCCAUACUCUGCAGGUCUCUGUCAGCUACGUGACAUUAAACAUUCCCGCUUAUAUUCAUAUUUUCAGGGGUUUUAAUUUAUUUUUGUAGCUAUGGUAGGUGAUGUUUGUAUUGUGAUAGGGUCUUAUUGGGAGAAUGUUAAUUUGCCUUGUGUUUGUUUUACUCUAGUAAAGCAAGUAUUACAAUAUCGACAUAUCAGCUGACAGCGUUAUGCUGUGUAGUUAGACUGUAGUGUGCAAGCCAAAUUAUGUGUAAUGCGAUUGAUGGUAUGACUGGAAAUGUUUUGAUCAAUGUAAUGCUUUUUUAUUUAUGCAUUUGAUAUCUAAUCCUUAGGUAGAUUUCUUAAAAAACAAAA